AUGGAGUCACAGCAUUCCAUGGUGCAGGAGCUUGCACGUGAAUACACGCGUAACUCAGCCGUGAGUUUGGAGGGCCCUGAAGGCAAACCCAUUUUUGGAAGCAAUGACCUAAAUUCUCCCCUGAAUCCGCACGGAGAGAAAUUCAACGCGCGCGCGUGGGCCACGCAUAUCGUCAAAACCACUGAGGAACGCGGCCAGAGCUUCCGCCGUGUUGGACUGUGUUUCCAAAAUCUGAACGUGUUCGGGUAUGGCACGCCGACCGACUUCCAAAAAGAUGUCGGCAACGUUUGGCUAGCUCUGCCAGGUAUGGCCCGCCGCCUCUUCUCCAGCACUGCAGGCCACACCCGAAUCGAUAUUCUGCGCCAGUUUGAUGGACUCAUCCGCCCCGGUGAGAUGUGUGUUGUCUUGGGUCCACCUGGUUCUGGUUGCUCGACCUUCCUGAAGACCAUCUCCGGAGAGACGAACGGCAUCCACGUCAAUAAGGCUUCGUACUUCAACUACCAAGGCAUAUCCGCCAAUGAAAUGCACACUGCGCAUCGAGGUGAUGCCAUCUACACUGCUGAGGUCGACGUUCACUUUCCUCAUUUGACAGUUGGGGAGACAUUGACUUUUGCAUCACGUGCACGCUGCCAAAAGGAGCUGCCGCAGGGCAUUAAUCGGAAUGACUACUGUGAGCACCUUCGAGAUGUCGUCAUGGCCAUGUAUGGCAUUAGCCAUACGAUCCAUACCAAAGUGGGAGACGAGUAUACACGAGGAGUUUCGGGAGGAGAACGCAAGCGUGUCACCAUUGCCGAAGCGACUCUGGCACACGCCCCAUUUCAGUGCUGGGACAACUCAACGCGUGGUCUAGACUCUGCCAAUGCGGUUGAGUUCUGUAAGACCUUGAGGCUCCAGUCUGAGUUGUUUGGCCAGACAUGCGCUGUAUCCAUGUACCAGGCACCCCAGAGCGCGUACAAUCUGUUUGAUAAGGCGCUGCUUCUCUAUGAGGGACGCCAGAUCUACUUUGGGCCUGCAUCCAAGGCCAAGGAGUACUUCAUAAAUCUUGGGUUUGAGUGUCCGGCACGUCAAACAACGCCUGACUUCCUCACAUCCAUGACUUUUCCGGCAGAGCGCAUCACUCGCCCCGGUUGCAACCCGCCGCGCACUCCUGACGAGUUUGCAGACGCCUGGGGGAACAGCCAUGAAUAUAAGGCCCUGCAAGUCGAAAUUGAUGAAUACAAGACGCAACAUAUGAUAGGUGGCCCUGACGCUGAGACGUUUCGACAACUCAAGAAGUCACACCAGGCCAACGGACAGCGACUUAAGUCGCCAUACACCCUGACGUACGCUCAACAGGUCCGGCUGUGUGUUUGGCGCGGCUUUAGGCGACUAAGGGCAGAUCCCUGGCAAACCAUCGGGAUGAUGAUAGGAACUACGAUCAUGGGUCUUAUUAUGUCGUCCUUGUUCUACAACAUGGGCAACAAUACGGGCACAUUUUAUGGCCGCGCUGUUGUCCUCUUUAUGGCCAUAUUGUUCAAUGCCUUCUCCUCUAUGCUCGAGAUUCUGACGCUGUACGCUCAACGGCCAAUCGUGGAAAAGCAGUCCCGUUAUGCGUUCUACCAUCCCUCCGCCGAAUCAUAUGCCUCCGUCUUGGUUGAUUUGCCAAUGAAAAUCCUCAACGCAGUCUCCUUCAACUUGGUGUUUUACUUCAUGACCAACCUUAAUCGAGGGUCCGGUCCCUUCUUUUAUUACCUGAUGGUGGUGUUUCUUAUUGUUAUGGCGAUGUCAGGAAUCUUUAGAUCUGUCGCCUCGCUGUCACGGACCGAGCAGCAGGCUAUGGUUCCCGCGUCGAUUAUGCUGCUUGCCCUACUUAUCUUUACCGGAUUCGUCGUCCCAGUUGACUACAUGCCGAGCUGGUGUCGGUGGAUCAAUUAUGUGAACCCCGUAGCCUAUGGCUAUGAAUCGCUCAUGGUCAACGAGUUUCACGGACGUAACAUUUCGUGCUCCACCUAUAUUCCUGAUUACGCAAACGCUAGUGCGGGCAAUGUAGCCUGCGACGCUGUUGGCGCUGUCCCCGGUCAGCCCUAUGUGAACGGGGACGACUAUAUCAACUCAGCAUACAGCUACUACCAUAGCCAUAAAUGGCGCAAUAUCGGCAUCAUUGUCGCGAUGGCUGUCUUUAAUCACCUAGUAUACUUCAUCGCCAGUGAAUACAUCACAGCGAAGAAAUCUAAGGGUGAAGUUCUUGUCUUCCGUCGAGGCUUCAUUCCACCAUCUUCCGCCAAGGGUGGUGAUGAUAUCGAGAAGUCGCUCUCGAGCCCUGUACCAGCCAUAGGGAAACCCGAAGGGUACAUAUCCAGCAAAGAGGGAGCCUUCCGAGGCUCCACAAGCGUCUUCCACUGGAACAAUGUGUGCUACGACAUCAAGAUUAAGGGCCAACCUCGACGCAUCCUAGAUCACGUCGAUGGCUGGGUUAAACCUGGUACACUCACGGCCCUGAUGGGUGUUUCGGGGGCUGGAAAGACAACCCUCCUUGAUUGUUUGGCUGAUCGUCGUGUGGGUGUGGGUAUCAUUACUGGCGAGAUGCUGGUAGAUGGGAAGAUGCGUGAUGAGAGCUUCCAACGCAAGACUGGCUAUGCCCAGCAGCAAGAUCUACAUCUUUUGACUAGUACUGUCCGAGAGGCUCUGAAAUUCUCAGCUCUCCUGCGCCAGCCCGCUAGUAUCCCGAAAGAGGAAAAGCUGGCCUACGUGGACGAAGUCAUCAAGCUACUGGAUAUGCAAGAGUAUGCCGAUGCCGUUGUUGGUGUGCUAGGUGAGGGUCUCAACGUUGAGCAACGCAAGCGCUUGACAAUUGGUGUCGAAUUGGCUGCUAAGCCACCAGUCCUGCUCUUUGUUGAUGAGCCCACGUCGGGUCUUGACUCUCAGACUAGCUGGGCUAUCUUAGACUUGCUAGAAAAGCUCUCUAAGGCAGGCCAGUCUAUCCUCUGCACCAUCCAUCAACCCUCCGCAAUGUUGUUUCAACGGUUCGAACGUCUACUCUUACUCGCCGAGGGAGGUCGUACAGUCUACUUCGGGGAGAUUGGCGACAACUCCAAGAUUCUCACGGAUUACUUCGAGCGCAACGGCGCACCACCUUGCCCACCCGGCGCCAACCCGGCUGAGUGGAUGCUCGAGGCAAUUGGUGCUGCCCCUGGCAGUUUCUCCGAAGUUGACUGGUACCAAACUUGGCGUUCCAGCCCGGAGUACCAGACCGUCCAGGACGAAUUAGCACGUCUCAGAGCCCUACGUACAGGUCGGCAGUCCACGGACGAGAAUAGUGACCCCGCUUCAUACCGUGAGUUUGCUGCACCGCUCUGGAGGCAAUUUAUUGUUGUUACACAACGUGUUUUCCAACAGUACUGGCGGGCACCCUCUUAUAUCUACUCCAAACUUAUCCUCUGCAUUUCCAGCAGUUUGUUCGUUGGCCUGGUGUUUCUGAACGCUCCUCUAACUAUCCAAGGGCUUCAAAAUCAAAUGUUUGCCAUCUUUGAACUGUGCAGCAUCUUCGGGCAGCUGGUAGAUCAACAGAUGCCGCAGUUCGUUACGCAGCGCGCCCUGUACGAGGUCCGCGAACGGCCUGCCAAAACGUACUCCUGGAAGAUUUUUAUGCUCAGCCAGAUUGUUGCCGAGAUUCCCUGGAAUACGGUUGCUUCAGUCUUCAUGUGGGCGCUUGUUUACUACCCUGUUGGCUUUUAUAAGAAUGCCGAUGCCACUGGGCAUGGCGUAGAACGAGCCGGAUUGAUGUGGCUUCUAUUUUGGCAGCUUCUCCUUUUUACCUGCACCUUCGCACAUAUGUGCAUUUCCUUUGUUGAUACAGCCGACGAAGGCGGGAACGUCGCUAAUUUUCUCUUUAUUCUGAUUUUCUUUUUCUGUGGUGUGUUGGCCACGCCAGAUGCAAUGCCUCGUUUCUGGAUUUUCCUGUACCGGGUCUCGCCAUUAUCGUACUGGAUCUCGGCCGUUCUGUCCACAGGCCUGGCCGACGUUGAGGUGACGUGUGCGAGCAACGAAUGGACGAACCUCAACCCACCGGACGGCCAGACAUGCGGCGACUAUAUGGCGGACUACAUCUCGAGGGCGGGGGGCUACCUGAUGGACCCCAAAGCAACGAGCGACUGCAAUUACUGCAAGAUCAAGGACACAAACGUAUUCUUGUCGGGCAUCAGUUCUAACUACGGGAACAGGUGGCGCAAUUUUGGCAUCAUGUGGGUGUUCAUCACGUUCAACAUUGUCGCGGCGUUGGCUCUUUACUGGCUGGCAAGGAUGCCGAAAGGGAAGAAAAAGGUGUGA